AUGUCAAGCACUGUGCGGCUUGCACGGGGCUGCCUUUCGGCCUCAGUGCCGAACCUCAAAGCAGGCCACCCAGCCGGACUCGCAGCCCGCUUGCAGGCAGGCCAUGGUCGCCAGCAAGCAAUCACGCUGUCCCAACGGCGCCCCAGUGGUGGCAUUCAAAGCGCGCCGCCGCGGCGGUGCCACCUGGCUCGGCGGCGCGGCGCUGCCGUCUUUGCAGGGCCUGGCGGCCGCAGGCCAGGCGGCGGCAACAGCUGGGGCGAUCGUCAACAGCGCAAGGAUGACCAGCAGAUUGUGCUGGGCGUUGGUAUAGGACUGACCCUGCUGGUGAUUCUGGCGCUCAAGCUUGGAGGCGACGCCUUCCAGGAUGCCGACGCCUGGGACCUGGGAGCAUGGGAUGGCAGCUUUGGCGCUGGCGACGUCGCAGGCAGCCUGCUGUGGGGCGUCUCCCUGUGGUUCUGUAGCCCGUGGCAGCUACUCCUGCUCUUUUUAGGAAGAAUUGAGGUGGAAAGGCCGUCCGAUUGGCUCCUUCAAAAGCUGGGAAGGACAGCCGGCCUCAACGUCGACGCAAUUGACUACCGGGUGCCCGCAGGCCUGCAGGCGGCAGCGGUGGCGGUGUUUGGCGCCAGCGGCUUGGCACUGUCGGCUGCCUUCCAGGCCCUGCUGGGCGACGCCACCUGGGCUGUCAGCACCGGCCUGGGCUCCUGCAUGGCGGCCGGCAUGUAUGAGGUGGGGCGCCCGCGGCGCCUGUCGGUGGAGGAGGCGCAAGCAAAGGAGCAGCAGUGGCAGGAGUUUGGCAGGUUUGCCGACGAGCGGCUGGAGCGACGGGGGCGGUGCCACGAGACGGAGGUGAUGCGAGCGCUGCAGCGGGAGAUGCCCAAGUACCGCGGCGAGGCGUCCGGCCUGGACAGCUCAGCCCUGCGGGAUCUGGUUCGCAACUGGGCCCCCGAUGCGGAGCGCUCCAGCAACGGCUUCUGGAAGGGACUGUCGCUGAAGGCUGCCGGCAGCCCGGCGGCGCCCAGCAGCGGCCCCAGCUGCAUCACCAGCAGCGGCGGUGAGAGCAGCACAGACCAGUAUUGACUGGCAAGCAACGCCAGACUUGACCCCUUCCUAUCAUGCGCUGCCCAGUGCUUCCUGCGGUUUGACAUAUCAGUGGACACCCUUUACACUCAGUAAGAAAGUGUCGAA